AUGGCCGAGUUCGUGAUUGUCAAAGUGAGUGUGGACACUUCAACUACUUUCUGUGUUCUUUGGCUUUGCUGCUCUCGGCGGCAUCUAUCCUUUGAGGGCUCAAAAAUGGCAACUGCAAAUCUACAACAACGACAACCCAGGCUGUUCCACAAGUUUAGCACUGAAGUUCGACCAUCUGAUAUGGUACAAAGAGAUGAUCUUCGAUUGAUGGCACGCUCAUUCGAGGAUAUAGCCGAGUCAGAGGAGGAGGAUAUUCAACUCCCAGAGCGAAUUUCACCUGAUGGGCGAUCACCAUUUGCUGUCACUUGCGAAUCUCCCUUUGCUGAACGGCGCGGAACUUCCUCUCAAAAGCUGAGCCCAACCUGCGCGAGAGAGUUUGUUGUUCCACGCCUAUGUCGUGGAUCUUCGGAUCCAAGCUUACGCUGCCGACAAGCAUCGACUAUGUUUGGAUCUCUCAGUCCUGAACGGUUUAAUGGGUCGCACUUCUUAACACUUCCGUCCAUCCCCGAGACAGCCUCAUCCUGAUCUGAUCCAAACAGAUUCAUCAGUGGCCGAAUUUCGAGUUUCAUCGCCUUUUGCUCAAGUCAGCUGAGCUGUGAGCUGACUGUAUAUUGGUCUAAUUACUAUGUAUUUUUCAUAUGAGAAUUUCUUUUGUCUCUGUAAAUAAUGAAACAUCAAACCCCUUUGACCACUGCUCUUUGCAGAGAUGAUAUCACGAUUGUUUUACUUCUGUGAUCUCCAUCUAGUCUCUCUUUGUAGAAUGACAUCUAUUUUGUGAAAUGUACGUGAUCCAGUUUGGAUCUACAUAGUGUUAUUCUAAGUUUAGUAGUUUGUACAACUGUCUAGGAUGUUAUCGUGAAUGUGUUCUGCGGGUUUAUAGAGCCUUGGAUAAUUUUGAACGGGUUCAAGAUUAAUGAAGUGUACAUCAAGCUGUGAUCUGUUUGCGAUAGGUGUGGCUCUAAAUGGUUUACUUAGCAUGCACAAAUGAUCAUCUCAAUGUGCUAACAAAGGUUACUUAUCUUAUAUAUAAAGCUGAAUG